AGUGACUCAUUUUGAAAUAUUCAAUGUGCAAGUUGCAAUCUUGUGUGAAAACAAACAAAAUUGGUUUCCAUAAAACCAUGUUCGAUUCUUCCCAACUAUUUUGCACUGAUCCACCCUUAAACAUGGGAGUUCAGACUCCAGCCAUGAGGGAAGUAACACAACAGCUUAACUUUGAGCCUCCUAAAUUAUCCAACUCCACCACGACCAAUCCCUUUGGAUCAAUAAGCUCAGCCUUUCAGAUCAUGGGUUUUCAACAACAAUUUGGCAAUUCUCCUUUGGCAUCCUCUCGAGACCAACAAUUUGGCAAUUCUCCUUUGGCAAUAUCCCAGUUUCCCAGUUUUGAUUCAGACGUCUUGUCGUGUCAAUCUUCUGAGAAAAACUUUUCCUUAACCGAUUCAGCUGAGCAAGCAGCUGGGUCAAACCUUGACUUCAGGGACUCCUUGCAGUCACUUGUAAAAUCCCACUUAUAUUCUUCUUCGGAUAAGUCAAAUGUUCCACGCAACAAUACAUGUAGAAGCAAUCGUUUUCCACAUGACCAGAACAUGUUGCUUGGUGUUGACAGUGCUGCCUUUGUCAGGAGGCAAUUUUCGCUUUCUUCAUAUGCCAAUCAGGGUCUCAAAGUUUGCCACAGUGCAUCAUCAAGGCCAGCUCCAACACUUAAAAAACGAAUCAGAUGGACUCCAGACCUUCACAAUCAAUUCGUGAAGUGUGUUGAGCGCCUUGGUGGUCCUGAGAAGGCAACACCAAAAGCUAUACUGAAGCUGAUGGAAACAAAUUUAUUGACCAUUUUUCAUGUGAAAAGUCAUUUACAGAAAUAUCGAACCACACUGUCUGGGACAGAGUCUGUAGAUGAAAUGCCUAAGAGAAGAGCUAGUGCAGAUGGCAAUCCCCAACUCCAUGUGAAAAUCAUGAAAAUUCAGGAGACAUUGCAGUUGCAACUUGAAGUUGAGAAGCGUCUUCAUGAACAAUUAGAGGUUCAACAAAAUUUACAGAUAAUGAUUGAAGAACAAUGGAGACAAAUCAGGAUGAUGUCUCACGUGCAAGAGGACAAAACAAUUGCUUCUCUUUUUUGCAAAUAUUACAAGAAAAUGGACACACAGAUGAUGAGUGCUACAGGCUACAUGAGUUUCUGAAAAAUGCCACCCUUGUUACUAGCCCCCAUUUCAAAUCAAAAGGAUUGAUAACUGAAUACAACAAUUGCACUGGACGAUGAAAGAUGUGGCCUAUAUCUCUAUGAAUCUUCGUUUAACGCUUAUGUAUUUUAUAUCAAUAAUACUGAUGGAUUUAGUCUCUAGCAUUAAUAUGACUAGACCAUCCAUCUCAUGCACGUAAAUCCUCUCUUGGUAAACAAUAUUCUAAUAGUAAUUUGUAUUUGGAUUUUUAUAUCAAUGUGUGCCCUCAAGCUAAGUUUUCAAGACUUAUUUUUCUAAUUA